CUGAGUUUGCAGCAUUUUGCAAACUGUAGUGUUGGGUCGGAGGGGGCGGGAGAAGGAAAUUCUACUGCAUUCAUAGUUUGGGAAUGCGCGCGUGUGUGCUUUAUUCCGCUGUGCAUGUUGAAAUUAGUCAAACCCCUAUUUUAUUCAGUUUCCUUUUAUUUGGUUAAGAUAGCGGUUUGCAAUUUUUAUUCGGACCUUGUAAUAGGGGUCGGGGUUAUCGUUUGGUGGUAAAAGUUAUGUCAUGGAAGCUAUUUGGAUCUAUCAGUUCCGCCUGAUAGUGAUCGGGGACUCGACCGUGGGGAAGUCCUGCCUCCUCCGGAGAUUCACUGACGGCAAAUUCAACGACGUGUCUGACCCCACGGUUGGUGUGGAUUUCUUCGCCAGGCUGGUGGAGAUCGAGCCGGGAAAGAGGAUCAAAUUACAGCUGUGGGACACCGCGGGGCAGGAGAGGUUCAGGUCCAUAACCCGUUCCUACUACCGUAAUUCAGUUGGUGGGUUGCUUGUGUUUGAUAUCACAAAUCGUAGAUCUUUCGAACACGUGCGUGACUGGUUGGAAGAAGCAAAAAUGCACGUCCAGCCGUAUCGAAUCAUAUUCCUGCUUGUUGGACACAAAAGCGACUUGGCGACCCAAAGGAAAGUUUCAAAGGAAGAGGCAGAGAAACUUGCAGCUGUAUCUGGUAUGAAAUACAUCGAGACAUCUGCAAAAGAUUCGAUGAACGUGGAGGAAUCUUUCACCGUUCUGACCCGAGAGAUAUACGAGCUACUGAAAAAAGGCAACAUAUCCAUCCAGGAAGGGUGGGAAGGUGUUAAGAGUGGUGUGGUUCCUAAUGUUGUUCAUUCUUCUGAGGAAGCUGUGCUGCCUGGAAGAAGAUGCUUUUGCUAAUCACGGGAAA